UUCGCUGGGAAUUUACACCGACAGCUCAGCCGUUGUCAGCUGUGCACCAAGAACAGGGAGUCUUUUUCCACAACCUGCCAACACUUUCUCCGGCUCCAGCCAUGAAUUAUUUGCGAAGGCGUCUCUCGGACAGCACGUUUAUCUCCAACCUGCCCAAUGGCUACAUGACAGACCUUCAGAGGCCUGACCCCGCUGAGCCUUCUCCACCGGCCACCACAGCCCUUGCCAAGUCCCCCACAGCCGGACCCACGCCUCCAGCCACUUCCCCGGCUCCUGAGAAAAAAGCCCCGCCGGCUCAAUCGAGCGGAGCCGGUUUUUUCAGCUCCAUCACUAACGUUGUCAAGCAGACGGCUGCCUCGGCAGGGCUUGUGGAGCAAACCUCAGUCACGACAUCCAAGAAGUUCAAGAUUCUCCUGGUCAUCGACGAACAGCAGCAAGAGUGGCCCAAGUUAUUCCGAGGCAAGAAAAUUUAUGGAGACAAUGACAUCAAAGUGGAACAGGCUGAGUUUAGCGAAAUCAGCGUCAUGGCACAAGCCAAUGGGACAUGCAGUGUUACAAUGCAGGUUUACAGAAACGGCACCAAGGUUGUCAGGUCAUUCAAGCCAGACUUUGUGCUUAUUCGCCAGCAUGCCUUCAGUAUGACGCAGAAUGAAGAUUUCCGCAACCUCAUAAUCGGUCUGCAGUACGGAGGUGUUCCGAGCAUUAACUCAUUGGAGUCCAUCUACAAUUUGUGCGACAAGCCCUGGGCUUUUGCCCAGCUUAUCAACACAUUCAGGAAGCUGGGUGCUGAUAAGUUUCCACUGAUUGAGCAGACCUUUUACCCAAACUACAAGGAGAUGGUGAGCAUGCCAUCCUUCCCCGUGGUUGUCAAGAUUGGCCACGCCCACUCUGGCAUUGGAAAGGUAAAGGUUGACAAUCACAGUAAGUUCCAGGACAUAGCCAGUGUCGUGGCUCUCACUCAGACAUACACCACCACUGAGCCUCUCAUUGAGUCCAAGUAUGAUAUCAGAAUCCAGAAGAUUGGCGCAGACUACAAAGCCUAUAUGAGAACGUCUAUGUCAGGCAACUGGAAGACCAACACUGGCUCAGCAAUGCUGGAGCAAGUGGCCAUGACUGACAAAUACAAGCUGUGGGUUGACACCUGCUCAGAGAUUUUUGGUGGUCUGGAUAUUUGUGCAGUCAAGGCCAUUCAUGGGAAGGAUGGAAAAGAUUACAUCACAGAGGUGGUGGGCUCAUCCAUGCCACUGGUCGGGGAGCAUCAGUCUGAGGACAGACAGCUCAUUUCGGACAUGGUUCUGACUAAAAUGAACCAGAUAGCGGAAAAGGAGGCAAACGCCCCCCGAAAACCCUUGACCGUGCAACCCUCCCAGGGUACAGGCCAGAAAGGGGAAAUAACAGGUGAAACCAUGAAGAAUGGUGCCGCCCGCCCACCUCAAGGAUGUCUGCAGUACAUCCUCGACUGUAAUGGCGUGGCUGUGGGUCCGAAACCAGUCCAGGCUAACUGAAUAAAGCAGAAAGAGGAGGCGCGGGGAGGUCUCAGACUCAACCUUAAGCAGAACACAAGCGUGUGUGGAUGCCGAUAGCUAGGAUCACAACUGGGAGACCGGGGCGCUCAGCUCGUUGCAGCCGAGCGACACCCCGGGAGGUGUUUUUAACUCUAUGCAGAGUCCUAAUGUACUGUCUUCUUGUCCAUUUGUGUGCUUGUAUCGGUCACCUGUGUUUCGGUAGCUGUGGAUUUUCUUUGGAGCUGCUGAUUGUGCCUACAAUGAGUUGAGUGACGCUCUGUGCUACUUGUUUGACCAGCUGUGAGCCUUUGGUUUGAACCUUUCCUGCUUUAUACUUGGCUGUGUAUAUUUUAGUAGAGUUCAAACUGUGGAAACUUUGUUCUUAAAUAUGUAUGCAGUAUUUGGGUGUGUAUGCCUUUGGGUAUUAUUUUCAUACAUGAUAGAUAUUUAUUUUUGUUUUGCAUGACUGAUACCCAAGAGGGAUGUUCUUGUAACAGUGGUUCUAAGACGUGCUCCCUGUAAUACAUGCAGAUGUGUCAUAGCUAACACGUACAUGCUCAUGACCAAACAUGCGUUAACACACUGCUCUGCUAUAUACAUACAGCACACACACAGACACACACGCUAUUUUUUUUUAAUCUGUCACAGUGACAGAAUAAAGAGAUUAUUUCGUGCAAAUACAACGUGUAAUUAAAAUAGAAAAUGUUAGAUAUUAUGAAGGGAGAUGUGCAGGUUUCAGUGCACAUACACUUUAAAUAUAUUCGUAUGAUUUUGAACCAAAGAUACAAUUAUUUGCGUUACUGUAUUAUUUAUUCAACCCAGUUAGGCAAUACACUUUCUCAAGAUAAUAAUUUGACAUGCGAUCAAUCAUAGGCCAAGGAAAUAAAACCUCCUCUUGGAAUAUGUCCAAAAUAAAAUCUACCACAAAAUGUCCCUCGGUGACCAUGUACUGGGUGUCUGUAAUGGUGUUGCCAUGACAACAGUGCAAGUGCUCUGAGCAUCAGCUUCGACUUGUUCCUCCUCAGUUUUCUCACACGCCUCCUGUGUGUGAAUGUAAAGUGCAAUAUUUUUAUCAUCAUUAUUACAUAUUUAAUUUGAAAUCAGCCCUUACAUGCAACUGAUUCCAAUAAUUCUAGUCAUCUAAAAUAUUUUCAUCUUUCUUGUCCUGUGGCCCAAGCUAAAUGGUGAUACAACUGAAAUAGCAACCGAAUAAUCUGUACAAAGAUUUGCACAGUAAACUACGUACUAUGAUAAAAAGAAUUGUGUGCGCUCUUGUUUUCCAAGUUGCAUCAAGUAUAUCUGUGAGUGUAUCCUUGUACAAGCCAUGCCUGAGGCUUUAUGGAUGUGUCGUACUGUUUACUAGGAAAUAUGCCAUGACAUUGAUUUCGAAGGGAGCAGACACUGUAAUACCAAGAGUCUGAUUGAUGAAAGUGGACAUGCUUUUUUUGGGCUGAAUGUUCAGAUAAAACCUAUUCAGACCUGCCAGACUGUAGAUAUGAAUGGUCAUAGCGGAGGAAUUGCUAUUAGACUGUUUAAAACCUGGACUGGAAUACAAUAUACUGUGGAAAGAUUCAUAACGCUUAGUCCCCUUUGUCAAUGGCAAUAAAGCUUCCUUUGCACUGAAGACAAUGUAAAUUGAUCCUUUUUUUCAUGUACUAUAUAUCACUUGCUUUUAU